AUGUCUGACGUCACCGACCAAACUGCGGAGCAGUUGGAAAAGCUCAACAUCCAAGAACAGCAGCCCCAAACGGGCGCUGAGUCGUCUUCGUCUGCCGCCGCUGGCGCCGAAAACGAGUCCAGCAAAGUGGAAUCUUCGUCUGCGUCCUUGUACGUGGGUGAACUAGACCCAAGCGUCACAGAAGCGUUGUUGUACGACCUUUUCUCCCCUAUCGGAUCUGUCUCUUCCAUCCGUGUGUGCCGUGACGCCAUCACCAAGACCUCCUUGGGUUACGCGUAUGUGAACUUCCACGACAGCGGCGCCGGCAGAAUCGCCAUUGAAAAGCUCAACUACCAGCCUAUCAAGGGCAGACCUUGCCGUAUCAUGUGGUCCCAGCGUGAUCCUUCUCUCAGAAAGAAAGGUUCCGGAAACGUUUUCAUCAAGAACUUGCACCCUGCUAUCGACAACAAGGCCUUGCACGACACUUUCUCCGUGUUCGGUAACAUCUUGUCUUGCAAGAUCGCCACUGAUGAGACCGGAAAGUCUAGAAAAUUCGGUUUCGUUCAUUUCGAAGAAGAAGAGGCCGCUAAGGAAGCCAUCGACGCUAUCAACGGUAUGCUUCUAAACGGUAUCGAGGUGUACGUCGCCCCACACGUGUCCAAGAAGGACCGUCAAUCCAAGUUGGAUGAAGUCAAAUCCAACUUCACUAACGUGUACGUUAAGAACGUGGACCCAGAAACUACUCAAGAAGAGUUCGAGAAAUUGUUUACUCAAUUUGGUCCUGUCACCUCUGCCGUCUUGGAAACUGACUCCGAAGGCAAGCUUAGAGGUUUUGGUUUCGUGAACUUCGAGGACCACACCGCCGCCCUCAAAGCCGUCGAAGAAUUGAACGACACCGACUUCAAAGGUGAAAAGCUAUACGUUGGUCGUGCCCAGAAGAAAUACGAGCGUUUGCAAGAAUUGAAAAAACAGUACGAAUCUUCCAGAUUGGAAAAACUCGCCAAGUACCAAGGUGUUAACUUGUUCGUGAAGAACUUGGACGACUCUGUGGAUGACGAGAAAUUGCAAGAGGAAUUCUCUCCUUUCGGUCAAAUCACCUCCGUCAAAGUCAUGAGAGACGACGCCGGCGCAUCCAAGGGUUUCGGUUUUGUUUGCUUCUCUACUCCCGAGGAAGCCACCAAGGCCAUCACCGAAAAGAACCAGCAGAUUGUUGCUGGCAAGCCUUUGUACGUCGCUAUUGCUCAAAGAAAGGAAGUCAGACGCUCCCAAUUGGCCCAGCAGAUCCAAGCCAGAAACCAGAUGAGAUUCCAGCAGGCCACUGCUGCUGCUGCCGCCGCUGCUGGUAUGCCCGGCCAGUUCAUGCAGCCUAUGUUUUACGGUGUUAUGCCUCCAAGAGGCGUGCCUUUCAACGGUCCUAACCCACCUCAGAUGGGUGGUAUGGGCGGAAUGCCUAAGAACGGUGUUCCACCACAGCAACUUGGUAGACCAGGUGCUCCUAUGUACGGAGUUCCACCUCAAGGUCCUCAAGGUGGAUUCCCAAGAAACGGUAAUCAAUUCUUCCACCAAAAGCAGAGACAGGCCUUGGGUGAACAACUUUACAAGAGAGUUUCAGCCAAGACCCAGGACGAAGAAGCUGCAGGAAAGAUCACUGGUAUGAUCUUGGACCUACCUCCACAAGAGGUUGUCCCAUUGCUAGAGAACGAUGAACUUUUCGAGCAGCACUUCAAAGAGGCCUUUGCUGCCUACGAUUCUUUUAAGAAGGACCAGGACGCUCAGCACAAUGUUGAAUCCGUUGCUGGUGCUCCUGCUGCCGCUGGUGCCACUGGUGCCGAAGAGUAA